GGCUCACUACAACCUCUGCCUCCCGGGUUCAACUAAUUCUCCAGCCUCAGCCUCCUGAGCAGCUGGGAUUACAGGCGCCUGCCAUCAUGCCUGGCUAAUUUCUGUAUUUUUAGUAGAGAUGGGGUUUCACUGUGUUGGCCAGGCUGGUCUUGCCGACCUCGUGAUCCACCCUCCUUGGCCUCCCAAAGUGCAGGGAUUACAGGUGUGAGUCACUGCACCCGGCCAGUUCUAAUAGUUUUUAAGUGGAUUCCAUAAGAUUUUCUACAUACAAAUAUCAUGUCACCUGCAAACAAAUGAAGUUUCAAUUCUGCUUUUCCAGUAUGGAUGCAUUUUAGUUCAUUUUCUUGCUUAAUUGCCCUGGAUAGAACCUCCAGAACAUUACUGAAAAGAAAUGUCAAGGGAAGUCACUUGACUUGCAGCAAUCCUUGUGUUGUUCCCAGUCUUAGGGGGAAAACAUUCCAUCUUCUGCCGUUAAGUAGAUGUUAGCUGUGAUUUUUUUUUUUUUUUUUUGUUAAACUGCUCCUUGUGGAGAAGGGCUAGCCCAUAGGCAGGCAGUGUGCGGAAAGUAGUGAGCUAUAAAUUUUUCAUUAAUAGCCUUUAUCAGGUUGAGGAAGUUCAUUUCCUAGAUUGUUGAGUGUUUGUGUAAGUGUGUGUGUUUGUGAGAGAGUGUUAGGAUUGAGUUUUGAGAGAAUUGUGAAAUGUGCGUUAGAAAAGUAAAGAUGCUAUGUCAGGUAAUAAGGGGCAGAUAAUAAUGCUUAUCUUGCUGGAGGAAGAGGGGCUAGAUUUUCCUCUUUUUCCCUCUCCCUUUCUUCUCCAUUCCUUUCUUGUUUUUGUUUUGAGAUGGAGUCUCGCUCUAUCGCCCAGUCUGGAGUGCAGUGGCCUGAUCUCAGCUCACUGCAACCUGCGCCUCCCAGGUUCAAGCGAUUCUCUUGCCUCAGCCUCCUGAGAAGCUGGGACUACAGGCUAAUUUUUGUACUUUGAGUAGAGACGGGAUUUCACUAUGUCGACCAGGCUGGUCUCGAACUCCUGACCUUGUGAUCUACCCGCCUCAGCCUCCCAAAGUGCUGGGAUUACAGGCGUGAGCCACCAUGCCUGACCCAUUCUUGAUCUUUAAUCAUCUUCCCAUCAGUCCACAUGCACAUUUGGAGAGGACUUAAUCUUUUACUGAUCUGAAUAAUUAAGAUUUUUUGAGCAGUGGAAGUAUCCUUUCUUUUGAAAAAUACUAAAAACCGUGUGGAGAAUUUCUUACUGAAUAGCUUGAUAGCUAGCUUUGGAGGGCAUCAGAGAAGAUACUAAAUCAUAAAUGAAGUGCCAACUGCGGACUUACAAAGAAGUGAACACAGUGGAAUACUUCAGCCAUGAAGAAUGAAAUCCAUCUUCAAAAAGAAUGAAAUCCUGUCAUUCUUGGCAACUUGGAUGGAACUAGAGGACACUGUGUUAAGUGGAAUAAGCCAGGAACAGAAAGACUAAUAGGGAUGCCAAAGGAAAAAUAUGAUCCUCCAGAUCCUCGCAGAAUUUAUACCAUCAUGUCAGCAGAGGAGGUAGCCAAUGGGAAAAAAUCUCACUGGGCAGAAUUAGAAAUCUCGGGUAGAGUGCGGAGCCUAAGUACAUCACUUUGGUCAUUGACACAUUUGACAGCGCUGCACCUAAAUGACAAUUACCUUAGUCGCAUUCCACCUGAUAUUGCCAAGCUUCAUAAUCUGGUUUACCUGGAUCUGUCAUCCAAUAAACUCAGAAGUUUACCAGCAGAACUAGGAAACAUGGUGUCUCUCAGGGAAUUGCUUUUAAAUAACAAUCUGUUACGGGUUUUGCCUUAUGAACUUGGUCGGCUCUUCCAGCUACAAACUCUAGGUUUGAAAGGCAAUCCUUUAUCACAGGAUAUUCUCAACUUAUACCAGGACCCAGAUGGAACUCGAAAGCUACUGAACUUCAUGCUUGACAAUCUCGCAGUUCAUCCAGAGCAGCUUCCUCCGAGGCCAUGGAUUACAUUAAAAGAACGAGACCAAAUUCUGCCAUCAGCAUCAUUCACGGUUAUGUGUUACAAUGUGUUAUGUGAUAAAUACGCUACCCGGCAGCUAUAUGGCUAUUGCCCAUCCUGGGCAUUAAACUGGGAAUACAGGAAAAAGGGAAUUAUGGAAGAAAUUGUUAACUGUGACGCAGAUAUCAUUAGUCUUCAGGAAGUGGAAACAGAGCAAUACUUCACUCUCUUUCUGCCAGCAUUGAAGGAGCGUGGAUAUGAUGGAUUUUUUUCUCCAAAGUCACGUGCCAAAAUCAUGUCUGAGCAGGAGAGAAAGCAUGUAGAUGGUUGUGCAAUAUUCUUCAAAACAGAAAAAUUUACAUUGGUGCAGAAGCAUACAGUGGAAUUUAACCAAGUGGCGAUGGCUAAUUCAGAUGGAUCCGAAGCUAUGCUGAACAGAGUCAUGACAAAAGAUAACAUUGGUGUCGCUGUGGUAUUAGAGGUCCACAAAGAACUAUUUGGAGCAGGUAUGAAGCCUAUUCAUGCUGCAGACAAACAGCUGCUUAUAGUGGCAAAUGCCCACAUGCAUUGGGACCCAGAGUAUUCUGAUGUGAAGCUCAUCCAGACCAUGAUGUUUGUCUCAGAGGUUAAAAACAUUCUGGAGAAAGCCUCUAGUAGGCCUGGCAGCCCAACUGCAGAUCCUAAUUCCAUCCCGCUGGUGCUAUGUGCAGAUCUUAACUCAUUGCCAGAUUCAGGUGUUGUGGAAUACUUAAGCAAUGGAGGAGUAGCUGACAACCAUAAAGACUUCAAGGAACUAAGGUACAAUGAGUGUCUUAUGAACUUCAGCUGCAAUGGAAAGAAUGGAAGCUCAGAAGGGAGAAUCACACAUGGCUUCCAACUUAAGAGCGCCUAUGAAAAUAACUUGAUGCCUUACACCAAUUACACCUUUGAUUUCAAAGGCGUGAUUGACUACAUUUUCUAUUCCAAGACUCAUAUGAACGUGCUUGGUGUCCUGGGGCCUUUAGAUCCUCAAUGGCUGGUUGAGAACAACAUCACUGGGUGUCCACACCCUCACAUCCCUUCAGACCACUUCUCACUGUUAACACAACUUGAACUCCACCCUCCACUCCUGCCUCUUGUCAAUGGUGUUCACUUGCCUAAUCGGAGGUAGUGGAGUACUGCCCCGCCAAGACGGGGAUCUGUUGCUAUGGACCUGUACAGUUGUAAAUCAAAGUAUGUAGGAGUGAAGUAUGGCCAUCCUUAAGCUGCUUCUUCAGGUUUCUUUCAUUAUGUGUUUGCUGUAAGACUUUGUACAUUUUUUGUGCAUAUUGGUAUCAUUUGGCAGUAGGGCUGGAACCAAAGUAUUACUCUCUUUCCAAAAUUUUAAUUUAACAUGUUUUUAAAUUGGACCUUCUUUAUAUUGUAUUAAGAGCCAGCAUUCAAAAUUGAUAAAUUACCAAUUUGAGGCCCAACAACAGUGUAUUUGUUUUUCCAAAACAAAUACUUUCUUUUGAAUGGUUUCAGUGAGCCAACCAUUUUAUAAAAGGUAAUUUUUAAAAACUAUAAAUACAGUAUUUUAAACUGAAUGAUGAUAUGCCUUCCAGGGAAAACUUUGAAUUUUUCCUUUAUAACUGACUUUUGGAUUCCCAAGUCAUUUGCACAUUAACAGAGUACUUAAAUUUACUUCUUCUGUACAUAAACUAUGAUAUAGCCUCUAUACAUGGUAAGAAAAUUUGAAAAAUUAAAGAUGGUUGCACAGUAUGCUUUCAUAAUCAAGCAUGUAACACCACAUGACAAUUUGUUGGCCAAAUGCUGGUUUGGAGUUUUUUUGAGGAAUCACUUUGGUUUUUUUGUCCUUUCUAUAUAACCUUAUUGGAAGUAUUAAUUCUAAGCCUGUCUCUCAAGUUUAUUUAUAGAGAAAGAGUAAGUAAUCUGUAUUGCCACAUACCUUGAAAAUAGAAUGCGGUACGUUUAGGAUGCCCACAGAAUGAAUUUUUCCUUAUUCCAAUUCAACCUUCUGUCUGGUUGUGCCAGGAAAACAUAUGUUAUAUGACCUAUAUCAUUUUUGCCAUUAUAGUCAAAUGUUAAAAGAAGAAAAAAAUCUGCUGAAUAAAAAGGCCUUGACCAAAGUUUCAGAUGGGGAAAAUCAUACAGAUAUUUUAUGUGUCUCCAACAUAGAUUAUGUGGCUGUUGGUUUUUUGAGAUGACAGUGCAAAGGAUUUGGGAGAGAGAACAAAUUUGGGGCAGUAGUUGAAAACGUUGGGUCAUUUUCCUGACUCUAGCUGCCAAAUGGCCAUCAUAUGCUUUUAAUCUUUGUUUCAGUUGUCUGUCAGGGUUAAAUUAAGAAGCUACUGGUUUAUUCCCAAUUGUUGAUGCCUUUAGGUAUGUUGGAAUCUUUUUUUUGCCUAGGAGGGGCCAGUUGAAAAUCUGUGACUCAAGAGGCAGUGAACAGAAUACUGUUUUCUGGGGAAAAAUUGGUUGGCUACUUGAUGUUAAUUAUGGCACAGUAACAGGAAAAGGUUGUGUCUGUGUUUUUAAGUUUUUCUUUAUUCUGCUUUUUUGCUGCUAUAAGAGUUUUCUGAAAUUUAUAUUUUAAACUUUUCAUGCACUUUACUGUUUCUAGUCUCAAUAUGUGAUAUUUUUAAUAAACAAGAAAUUUUCCAUUAUGUGAAUGAAAUUUUAAAAGACAAUAGCCUAUAUUUGUGUCUCACUAAUAUAUAAAGUACAGGUCAAAUUUAAAUUAUUUAAUUAGUUUUAAAUAUACACAAUUUGUCUCCUCUUUCAAACCUGACAUCUUAGGCUGUUUUAUUAAUCUUAAAUGAUGCAUUUACUUUGGUCAUUUUAUGCUAAUUUCUUCCAUGGUAAAUUAAUCAGGCUAUAUAAGGUAAUAUUUCCUCAGAGGGUAAUUUUAGUGGGACGAGGGUGGUGGGAUGAUGUCAUAUCAUACAUGGGAUUGCAUCAGAAGGGUUCUGUAAAGCCUAAACUCCCUUUUAAAAGUGCCUAGUGAUAGAGGCGUUGUUUGUCAUCUAUUAUAAUUGGAAUGUCAUUGUAGUUCAGUGAAUUUUGAUGUAAAUAAAAUAUCUUUUAAAAAUGUUAAAGUACCAGAAUAAACAAACAAAAAGAAACAACCCUUAAGAUGACAGAUUUUCCUCAACAUGCAGGUUUCCCUUCUUAUAUACCUCAAAUAUCCAACAUCUAGCCAUGCAAAUUGAUUACCUGAAGCAUAGUACUGGAAAGUAGAAUAGCAUGAAAAACUUAAUUUUGUGGACAUUACCUUUUUUUGUAAUCAGCUACUGUAUGUUUUAUUUUAGAUCUUUUGUUUUGGGUGGGUUUUCUGCUCUGGAGGUAUAUGCACUAACAAAACAUUUUCCUCCUUUCAUAUACGCAUGUUAAUUAGCAAUGUGAGCAAUAUUUCUUACCAUACUUCACUCCCAAUAUUUUUUGAGAUGUUUGUAUAAAAUGGAAUUUAAAGUUCACUUAUGAUUGUAUAUGAACCACAGAGGAGCCCAUUUAUUAAUAAAAAACUUUUUUAAUAGUUAAAUGUAGAGGGAAAAAAUAAAAAAAAAUGGGAAACAUUGUAAACAGCUUAAGUUUAUUUUGUGUAUGAUCGAGGCACUCUGUUGCAGGAAGGUGUGUAAUUGGGUUCUCUCUGCUUCAAAUGCGCUCUUUCAAACCAUUCAUUAUCCUGUGUAUUUUUAAUGUGGUUUUAGUAAAUGUUGGUAGUAGCUCUGUUGAAGUAGGUAAUUGUGUUAUGUUUUGGGUGGUACACACUUGGGGCAUGGUAACCCAAAUUUCAUGUGCACGGUUUCCCUUUAGCCCACUGCCCAAAUUUCACAUACCCUUCACCCUUUGUUCCCUUUGUAAAAGGAGUGGUAUCUGUUUUGAGCUGCCAAUUCAGAUGAUCAGAAAUGCUGCUUUCCUCAGCAUUGUCUUGUUAAACCGCAUGCCAUUUGGAACUUUGGCAGUGAGAAGCCAAAAGGAAGAGGUGAAUGACAUAUAUAUAUAUAUUCAAUGAAAGUAAAAUAUAUAUGCUCAUAUACUUUCUAGUUAUCAGAAUGAGUUAAGCUUUAUGCCAUUGGGCUGCUGCAUAUUUUAAUCAGAAAAUAAAAGAAAAUCUGGGCAUUUUUAGAAUGUGAUACAUGUUUUUUUAAAACUGUUAAAUAUUUCGAUAUUUGUCUAAGAACUGGAAUGUUCUUUAAAUUUACUAAAACAGUAUUGUUUGAGGAAGAGAAAACUGUACUGUUUGCCAUUAUUACAGUCAUACAAGUGCAUGUCAAGUCACCCACUCUCUCAGGCAUCAGUAUCCACCUCAUAGCUUUACACAUUUUGAUGGGGAAUAUUGCAGCAUCCUCAGGCCUGACAUCUGGGAAAGGCUCAGAUCCACCUACUGCUCCUUGCUCGUUGAUUUUGUUUUAAAAUAUUGUGCCUGGUGUCAACUUUUAAGCAACAGCACUGCCUAAAAGCAAGCAGAGAACAGAAUCCCAGCACCAUUCUAUAGGCAACUUUUUAGAAUUCAGAUAUAGUAAAUCUGUUCCAGAUUUAUGAUGUUUUAUGUAAAAAAAAUUUUGUAUAAUAACAUAGCUGAAUAUUUUUGUUUCAUUUCUUUGAUGUAAGGCGUGUGAACAUUCGUUUGAAUAUCACAUGUUGAAGUCAGGUAUGGCACAAUGGGUUCUGAGACCAGCUUUUCCUCCCCUCCCAUUUGCCUUGUUCCAAGCUCUUUCUUUUCAAAUUACUUUUCUGAUAUUCAUAGGCAGGUAUUUAAUUUACUAAUUAGCAUCCUGUGUGAAUGUAUUAAAGAAGCCACUGUGUUUUAGUGUAGUUGGCAAAAAUAUAAAAGUUGUUUCUUAUUUGCCCCUAUUUCUUUUGGUGUCUUAAAGUUAUAUAUUAAAUCACAGAGAAGCAAGGGAGAAAGUUGAAAGAUAUCUAAGGCUCAUAUCACUUGAUUCUAUGGUAGAUUAUAUUAGAAUUGAGGAUGUGGCACAUAAAAACUGGAACAUGGGCAAAUAUAGUGUUCCAUUUUAAAAUUCUAAGUUUAUAUUGUUAAAUGGGUGAAAAUUUAAGUUUGUAUUUGCAUUUCCAAGCGUUUCUAAAAAUCACUAAUGCCAUCUAUACUUUUAGUGUGAAACAGCAUAGUAUAGAAAGCACAGGGAAGAACAGGCUAAAUACAUUCUUUGAAGAACCAGAGGCAUAUAACCAUAUCAUUAUGUCAUUCCUAACACAUGGCUAGAUUUUCUAAUGAUAAAAUUGACUGUGUCCCAAUGCUUAUUUGAUUCUAGCCUUUUUUAUUCUGUUUCUGAGAUAUUUUAAUAGCUUUGCAAAAUAUGCUGACCAGUUUUUGGAAAAUAAUGGUUUUUAUAGCAAGCAAAGACUUUAUGGCACAUUUUCAAAAUAGCACUCAUACAUACUUACAUUUUGACAGAAAUGUGAAUUCUCACAUUGGUAAGAUAUUCUUUUUCCCACCUGCCCUACCCUUUAAAAAAGGUCACUUUUCUAAUGUGUAGUAGAUUCAUUUAUGCCUUUCCCUUUGAGUCAUACCAUGUUUGGAGAACUGUGUGAAUUGUAGGUAGAGAAAUUAACUAGGGAAGCCAGAAACUUGAACUAAAGUUUUAAAUUUGUAGGCAGAUGAGAACUUUUAUACUAUGGUUUCUUUGGGUGAUUCUAAUUUUGUAAUAGCAUCAUGAUCACCAAAAUUAAUUCAAACAUUUUAGUACAUCUUUAAUCUGUCUUAUUUACCAAAGUUCUAAUCUAUUUAAGAACAGGAUGCCAAGAGCAUCUUUCAUUUUAUAGAAUGAUAUGCUCACCUUUAUUUUAUAAGUGUCACCUAAAAGCUUGAGGGUAAAAAAGAAGCAGCCCGUAUAUCUAAACUACAGGAUGUCUUGAACAAGAUUCACAGAAAGAAAGAAAAAAGCAGUUCUUUCCAGGAAGGUGGUAAGGAAGAGCAUGCAUAUUUCUUGUUUUAACCAAAUACCUUUUUUAUGUAAAUGUCUCUAUUAAACCACAGAUCCUACACCAGGAAAUAGGGUGAUAACCAGGAAAAUACCAAGCUUUAACCCAGUUGGCAGUUCCUUGUGGCAUAUAUUUGGUUAGACUUGGGUUUUUCUUGGAACCAAAGGAAAAUAAGCAUGUUGAGUUCUUCGUUAAACAGACGUGACAUUGAAGUAAUGGAAUAUUUUUUAAGCUAAAUAGUUUUCACUUUCAAAGCAUAUGACAUAAGGACAUUUGUGCUUAUUAAUUGUUAAUUUUUAUGGUACAUUGUAUAAACUGAGUAGCAUUGAACUGCAUUUAGAAGUAUGUCAUCAGAAACCAAUCACAUUAUGAAAAGGAUAUACAAAUGCCAAGUGAUAUGACUCUUUUGGCAUGGUGGUAGCAUGGUCCAUUCAGCUUUCAGAAUCUUUCGGAGGCUCUAAUUUGGUGCCUAUUACUAGUUAUUUUUGUUAGAACAAUCUCUCAAAAUUUAGAUAAUUUUCCAGUUGUAUGUCUGUCACUUUUAACUCUAAAGCAUAAGAAUCAUGGUAACCUUCUCAGAAGUGGUCCUUUCUUGCUCAUUUCAGUUUCGUAUUAAUUUCAAAUCACUGAUGUAUUUUCUUUCAAGCUAUCAAUUGUUAUAUGUACCACAUGUAAUUUAGUUUGUAGUUAUCUGAAGUUACAAAAUUGGUUCAGCAUUGAUGUCAAACAAUGGCUUUGCUUCUUACCAAACAGACUUAGUAUCCUGCUGCUUGUUUUAAUCUUGAUGCAGUAAGUGAUGCAGUAUCUGGGUUUGUAUUUACUUAGAAACUGUACUGUCCUUUCUGUGCUUAACUUGCUAAAAAUAUAUUCCCUUACCUGUGAAAUUCCUGAGCGGUGCUCUGCCAACUUUUCAAGGGGAGGGAUUUGGAUGGCUGUGUUACUGCACACUGGAUCUGGAAUUGUUCAGGGUUAUGAGUGACAAAUUUCUUAAACACCAGCAGCACUGAGAUGUGCACUAUGGGCAUUCGUACAGUUGUCCAAAUGCAAACAACUUUUUCAUCUUGGAGAAGCUGAGAUACAGAGUUCAAUAGAACUACUUGGAAUAUUUUGAGAAGGUUGAAUGUUUCAUCUUUGGCUUUGUUGUCUCGAGUGGGGAAGUAUGGAGGGCUUUUUUUUUUUUUUUUUUUUUUAAAGAGUGUGUAUGUACUUUUUCUCUCUAUAAGGUCCAGGGUGUUGGUCAAAUUCACCAUGAAUUAAUUUAUAUCUUCUGUUGUGAUUUUUUUCAACUAUAUAACAAGUGCCAACUAAUUGUCCAUGGGACAAUCUACUUUUCCACUCAGUUUAUCGUUUUGAGUAGGGAAAGGUUCAUUUAUUUUCAUUACCUGGCAUUAAGUUAAAGAAUUCAUUAUUUUGCAUACAUUCGAGUCAUUCUGUGGCCUAUAAAGUGUUUUUGUAACUAUCUAAUUCUAAUGGUUGGAAAGCAAAGCACAUGACUGUAAAACCAAGCAAGGUGUUUUAGUAACUUUUUCCCUGAAUACUUGGUAGUUUCCAUUGAUACUAUUCCAAAACAAAUUCUGCUGUUUUAGGUUGUAUAUUUACUUUGCUUUUGUUCUAAGAAAAAGCCAAGGACUAAAUCAACUUGUUAUUGUGUUUCAGUAAUCAGUUUAAAAUCUAAGAUUUUUUUUUAAAUUAGAAUAUUUAAUGAAGUGCCAUGUAAUUGUAGCUUGCUAGUGUUUAAUGUUUAAUAGACUGGUUCUGUAGGUGUUUUAACCAUUUAACACUCUCUGCCAUCCCUGGAGAAAGUGGUUCUACUCUUACUGAACACAUUCUCUCUGACAAAAUCACCAGCUGCUUUAUUUUUCUAUUUAUUACAGUUAAACAGUUGAUGAGGUCUGAAUCUUGACCAAAACUGCUCAGCUGAGAUGUUUUUCACAAUAGACACUGUACAAAGUGUGCGUGCAAAAGGACACGGUUGGUAGUAUUUUUUCAUUAAUGUGAACAUUGACUAAAAAAAAGCAGUCCUGCCUUUUAAAUCUUGUGGCAGCUCAGAAGGGAGGUGCUUAAGAACCUUAACUACUAUGUCAGAUAACAAAAUAUUUUUUUCCAUUUUGGAGAUUGGUUACUGCUCACACAUGAUGUAUAGGGCUAAAUAUAUGCUUGUUUCCUUGCACCUGUGUACUUCCCCUCUCUCCCUCCCUUUCCUUCCCCUGUAGGCAAUAAAUGGCCAUUUUGCAACUGCA